AAGAAGGCACUAUCCACAACGAGCCACCGUUUCCACAGCACCACAGCUGCACCAGACUUCUAGAAAGCUCGAAACGGCCAUCAAUGGCCGCUCUCGGCAUUUCUAGCGCCGCCAUCGGCUUUAACACAAUCACAAUAUUCCGUACCAAAUCGGCACCGAGGCGUUUGAGGACCAAAAUCUCUUGCGUUGGAUGGGACCCAGAAGGUCUGUUUGGGUCGCCGAAUACGGGGCAUAUCGCCCGCCUGGAGUUCAAGCGACGGCUCGAGAAGGACGCGGACGCUCGAGAGGCCUUCCAGCGCCAUGUUCUUGAGGAAAAAGAGCGGCGCCAAGCUCUAAGGCAGUCUCGGGUUAUUCCGGAUACCCCAGAGGAGUUGAUUGAGUACUUUCUUGAUACUGAAGCACAAGAGUUUGAGUUUGAGAUUGCAAGGAUGCGACAUAGGUUGGACAAGGAUUUUUUCUCACAGUUGCAAUCUGAACUGGGACAACUUCGAUUUUCUGUGUCAAAAACUGAGGAGAUGGAAGACAGAUUGAUAGAGCUGGAAGCACUGCAGAAGGCUCUGCUUGAAGGAACUGAAGCUUAUGAUAAAAUGCAAGCUGACUUAAUAACAGCAAAGGAAAGCCUAACCAAAAUUUUGACUUCCAAGGAUGUAAAAGCAACAUUGUUGGAGAUGGUUGAGAAAAAUGAACUCAAUAGAUCCUUAUUGGCACUUCUUGAUGAAAACAUAGCAAGUGCACAAAGUAGUGAGCAGAAACAAGCCGUAGCAUUCAUGGAAAAGCUUCGUGCAGCUGUUCUCAAGUACAUAACAGUUUAGUGCUCUGGUGAUAAAUAUUAAGUAACCUUUCAGUCCUUAUAGUGGGUUCUUGAUUAGAUCAAUUCCAGUGAUAAUCAAUUAUUCUGCAUCAGUAUAGAUCCUGUUUCUUUAAUAUAUUAAAAAAAUUGAAAGAGAACAGAUUCUCAUUUAAAUAAAAUGUAAGAAAACUGUAAUGGUUCUAUUACAAAUUAUAUUUUGCUGGAGCUUUUGUUGAUUACUGUAUGACCUUAGAGCUAUGACAGCUUAUCUUUAUGAGCCUUUUGAAUACUCCUUGAAAUUUAUACGAAGAUUCCUUUCACGUA